AGCCCAGCCCAGCCCCCUACAACUUCAAUCAGCGGCAAUGUUAUGCUGGGUCACUGUUGGGAGUGGAGCAGACGGGAGCAGACUAAGCAGAGGCGAUGCCGAGCGAAGAAGCUUCAGCCGAAACGGCGUCGCAGGAGAACGUAGAGGCCUUGCUUGAAGCUGCUAGAUAUGAUGACAUUGAUGAUGUUAAAAUCAUAGCUUCUGCUGGAGUUUCUCUUGAUUCUAAGGAUUCACAAGGGAGAACAGCACUUCACAUGGCUGCAGCUAAUGGACAUCUUGAUGUUGUGGAGUUUCUUAUCAGUAGUGGAGUGGAUCUUAAUGCUUCUAAUGUGGAGAAGAAUACACCACUUCAUUGGGCUUGCUUAAAUGGGCAUAUUGAGGUGGUUAAAAAUCUGAUUCUUGCUGGAGCAAAUGUAACUGCACUAAAUAGCCAUGAGAGGACUCCAAUGGAUGAAGCAGUAAGUAGGGGAAAGAUGGAUGUUAUUGACGCAAUUAAUGCAGCUGUGGCACAAGUUGAACUUACUGGCAUUGGGGUUUCUGAAACUUAAAGAUGUGUAAUGGUUUUUGUAGUUUGUAUCUGUUGGUUAUAGUAUACAAGCUUUUAAGUUGAAAAUUUUGGUGAGCGAAUUCUCGCCGUUCCUUGUGAGCUGUGACAGCUCUUUCUUUCAUGGUUAACUACCCACUUUGAGUAAAUAUACUGUCUUGGUGGAUUUGGGGGUCUCA